AUGCCUGGGCGCUUUCCGCCCUCCUGGGGGGAUGAGGCCGCCAGUGCCGCAGCACCGAGAUGUGUGGGCGCUCGGCGAGGAGUUGCUGCGGUUAACGAGACGUUGCUGCCAACGGUGCUAAGCAGGCGAGCUGCUGCGGACUUCCUGGGAGCUGUGCACCAGGACCUCUGCCCGCGCUCCCGUGCGAGUGCCUUUGCUGAGGUGGAUGCCAGGGAGAAAACGGAAGACGUCAAGCAGGAGGCCACGAGAGCUCGAUCCAAAGCCCAGCGAGUGGAAGAAAGGAGCGUGUGGAUUAAGACGCAAGCAAAGGGCUCCUAUAAGAUCUCCAAGAACGCCAACAGGGUGGCUUUCGGCGCUCUGCUCUUCACAAUCCUCGGUGUCGGCUUGGACACCAUCUCGAACAUCAUCACCGUCUUCUCAACGAAGAGGAUGAUGAACGAUCUAGAAGAUGAGGCUGCUCAGGUCGUCGCCCGCCGGAGAAAUGAGCAAAGAACGGAGCAGCGGUAA